AUGGCGGGCUGUGGUAAUGCAGAUAAAUGGGAGGAAGCAAAAGAUUCAGGAUGGAAUUUUUUUCAAGUCCCUUCGAUUAGAUUAUCUGGUGGAAUCAUGGUUCUUUGGAAAUCAGAUUUGGCUACUUUCAGAGUUUUUGAAUCAUCAAGCCAAUUCAUCAUUGGGGAGAUAGAUGUCCAAAACAAGGUAAGUUGGAGAAUUGCUACCAUCUAUGGUAGCACAGAUGUAUACAAGAGGAGAAAGCUAUGGGAAAAAUUGCAGUUAUACUCUACAAAGGACAAAGUAUUGAUCAUUGGAGGUGAUUUAAACUGUCUCCCCAAUAAGGAUGAUAAAAGAGGUGGAAAGAUAUUCGUUUAUUCAUUGGGCACCAAAGAAAUGGACUAUUUCCUUGUAUCCAAUGACCUUCAUGAGGUGAUGGGUACUGGUCCCAAAUAUACAUGGUGCAAUAAUAAAACCGGAGCUGACAAAAUCCUUGAAAGACUGGAUAGGUGCUAUUUGAAUUCAGUUGUAUUAAGCUCUCCUCAUCGGCUAGUAGUAAGGAAACUAGCUAGAGUUUCCUCAGACCAUUGCCCAAUAAUUCUGAAUAUGUUGAACUACAAUGUUGCCCUUAAAAAAACUAUUAAAUGUGAAGAUGUUUGGAUCUCUAAUCCAGCAUCUAUUGCUGUGGUAAAGAAAGCUUGGAGCAGGAAAUCAAUGGGGGACUUUAGCCAAAUUCUAAAUUAUAAGCUGUAG